GAGUAUGGACGCCAAGUCAGGAGAUAAGGGUAGGAUGUGAUAGAGAGGGUAUGGUUCAUACUUCAUACUUCAACAAAAGCUUCAAGAAAUGGCAGCCAAUGUGACUCUGUCCUCUCCUUUUCCCUGCAAAACCUCAUUUCUCCCAAAAUCACCAUCAUCACUUUCUCCACUUUUAUAUGCCCCUUUCUCCCACAGCAACACACCAAAUGUUGUUGCUCUCAAAGUUCAUGCAAAACUCGGUGGUGGAGAUGAAGAAGGCAAGAAAGGAGGGAAGAAGAAAUUCAUAACAAGGGAUGAAGAGCCGCAACAGUAUUGGCAGACAGCAGGAGAAAGGGAAGGAGAGAAUCCAAUGAAGACACCGCUUCCUUACAUCAUCAUCUUUGGUAUGUCAACUCCUUUUGUGAUCUUAGCCAUUGCUUUUGCUAAUGGUUGGAUUAAGGUUCCUGUUCGGUGAUACAUCAUACUCAUACUCCUACCACUUGAGAACCCUCGGAUCGUAAAAUUAAUAAGAGACUUCUCUAUUAGAUAUUUUCAUUCCUUUCUUAUUGUAACAGAUGAAUCACACAAAGUGUUUGGAUCGUUUAUAUGGAUACUUUUGCUAUUUGAUUUACUCCUCUGUUGAAUAGUUGAUGACAGCUGAUAGUAUGUUAUGAUUUCAAAUAGAAAGAUAGGCGUUUAUGCAAGACUGAAAAGAUUAAGAUAAAGUAAGUAUACCCAGCACAUAAUGUAAGAGAGGAGUAGGUGCCGUUUAACCAUUGCUGCCAAUUCUAGAACAUCAGAUGAAUAUGUAUUGUAUUUGUAUAUAAUAUAAAUAAAUAAAUAAAUAAAUAAUAUUCCCUUCAGAUUGCUGAAGGCUCA